AUGGAAUUCACUCUCGAGGAUGUCGCAACCCACAACUCGCGCGAGAGUCUCUACGUUAUCAUCCAUGGCAAAGUGUACGACGUGACGGGAUACGCAGAUGAACAUCCAGGAGGAGCUGAUAUCUUGAUGGAGGUGGCGGGCGCGGACGGGACAGACGGGUUCGAUGAUAUCGGGCAUUCGGAGGGGGCGAAGACGACUCUGGAGGGGCUAUUAGUAGGGAGAAUCAAGGGGAAUGAGGCUGAGGAAGAGGUGCCUUUGUCUCUUUUCGAUAUCUAUGUUCAUGAUGACUUCUGCUAA